GGAAGAAAGGCAUCCAUAUUCACGGAUACCUUGUGGAAUAUCAGUUAAAAUUUCUGCACCAGCUGAGAGCAAUGUGUUUCAAAAUGGUGUAACGUCUGCGCAUUCUGGGUCCUGGAGGUAGCUUCCAGUUAUGGGCGCCCCGGUGACUGUAAAUGUGUACGAUCUACAUGAUAAUUCGUGGAUAUACUGGUGUGGCAUAGGUAUAUUUCACAGUGGUAUCGAAGUACAUGGAGUCGAAUAUGCUUAUGGAGGGCACGAGUAUGACAUGUCUGGGGUGUUUGCAACCAACCCCCGCGAUGCUCCAGGGCCUGUGGUGUGGCGAGAGAGCGUCGUGGUUGGAGAGACAGACAUGGACGCACAUGAAGUCCAGGAGGUUGUGCAGCAGUUGGGCAACGAGUAUCGGGGGAAUGCAUAUCAUCUUCUGGAACGCAACUGCAAUCACUUUUCAGACGAGCUUGCAUUCAAGCUCACUGGCAAUCAUGCGCCACCGUGGGUAAACAGAUUAGCGGGUCUUGCAAUAAUGCUGCACUGCCUUCUGCCGCCCUCAUGGGUUCCUCCUCUGACGCCUCCAAAUGCCAAAAUGCUAGAAGCGGAGCGGGGCGUGGACGAGCGGCAGAAUUUGUUGCAAGACAGCACCAUGAGGGAAAGGUCCUCCGGAUCUGUGCACUAGCUCUGCAUUGAGCUCUGUGCGAGUCGCAUUUCAUUGGAGGCGGGUUGGCGCCCGUGCCCAUGUCAAAAUCCUCUCUGUUGUUUAUAAACAACUGUCAUCGAAACAAAGAACAAUCAAAAUAUCAUGUUGUGGUGCAUUUGCACUGAAACGGUUGUCGAGAUGAUGAUCAUUGGGGCAUGCGAGGCGUGCCAGUUGACUUGAUACCUUAUCCUUUAAGUUUAGAUCAUAGCUCUGUACAAGUAUGCGUUUCACAUGCGUGUUUUCAUGUUUAAUUGUCAGCCCACGUAGUAUUUGUGCUGUAGACAAUGUCCACAAUUGCUUUAGAUCUAGACAUGUAAGAGGAUAUCUUGUGAGAAGGUUGGUCUGGGGAACCCAAUUGGGAAGACCUUUUGUUAAAACGUGGCUGCAAGAAGUCAUUGGUUUG